AUGGUCAACUUUGUGCUUUGGAAAGAUCUUUCUGCCCACAGAGAAUGGAUUGGAGUGAUUGGUGAGCGAGGAGCGAACCUGAGUGGUGGGCAGCGCCAAAGGAUCAGCCUGGCCCGGGCCUUGUAUAGUGACCGGGACAUCUACAUCCUGGAUGACCCCCUCAGUGCCUUAGAUGCCCACGUGGGCAACCACAUCUUCAGCAGUGCUAUCCAGAAGCACCUCAAGUCCAAGACAGUUCUGUUUGUUACCCACCAGUUACAGUACCUGGCCGAUUGUGAUGACGUGAUCUUCAUGAAAGAAGGCUGUAUUACAGAAAGAGGCACCCACGAGGAACUGAUGAAUUUAAAUGGUGACUAUGCUACCAUCUUUAAUAACCUGUUGCUGGGAGAGACACCCCCAGUUGAGAUUAAUUCAAAAAAAGAAACCAGCGGUUCACAGAAGAAAUCACAAGACAAAGGUCCUAAAACAGGAUCAGUAAAGAAGGAGAAAGCAGUGAAGCCAGAGGAAGGGCAGCUGGUGCAACUGGAAGAAAAGGGGCAGGGUUCAGUGCCCUGGUCAGUAUACGGUGUCUACAUCCAGGCCGCGGGAGGCCCCUUGGCUUUCCUGGUCAUUAUAUCCCUUUUCAUGCUGAAUGUGGGUAGCACCGCCUUCAGCAAUUGGUGGUUGAGUUACUGGAUCAAGCAAGGAAGUGGGAACGCCACAGUGACGCAAGGGAACAAGACCUCUCUGAGCAGCAGCAUGAAGGACAAUCCUCUCAUGCAGUACUAUGCCAGCAUCUACGCCCUCUCCAUGGCAGUCAUGCUGAUCCUGAAAGCCAUUCGAGGAGUUGUCUUUGUCAAGGGCACACUGCGAGCCUCCUCCCGGCUCCAUGACGAGCUUUUCCGAAGGAUCCUCCGAAGCCCUAUGAAGUUCUUUGACACCACCCCCACAGGGAGGAUUCUCAACAGGUUUUCCAAAGACAUGGAUGAAGUCGAUGUGCGCCUGCCAUUCCAGGCCGAGAUGUUCAUCCAAAAUGUCAUCCUGGUGUUCUUCUGUGUUGGUAUGAUCGCCGGAGUUUUCCCGUGGUUCCUGGUGGCGGUGGGGCCCCUCUUCAUCCUCUUUUCAGUUCUGCACAUUGUCUCCAGGGUCCUGAUUCGAGAGCUGAAGCGUCUGGACAACAUCACACAGUCCCCUUUCCUCUCCCACAUCACAUCCAGCAUACAGGGCCUUGCCACCAUCCACGCCUACAACAAAGGGCAGGAAUUUCUGCACAGGUACCAGGAGCUCCUGGAUAACAACCAAGGUCCUUUCUUCUUGUUCACAUGUGCAAUGCGGUGGCUGGCUGUGCGGCUGGACCUGAUCAGCAUUGCCCUGAUCACCACCACUGGGCUGAUGAUUGUUCUCAUGCACGGGCAGAUUCCCCCCGCCUACUCGGGUCUUGCCAUCUCCUAUGCCGUCCAGUUAACCGGCCUGUUCCAGUUUACCGUCAGACUGGCAUCCGAGACAGAAGCCCGCUUCACCUCAGUGGAGAGGAUCAACCACUACAUCCAGACUCUCUCUUUGGAAGCACCUGCCAGAAUUAAGAACAAGGCUCCCUCCCCUGACUGGCCCCAGGAAGGAGAGGUGACCUUUGAGAAUGCAGAGAUGAGGUACCAAGAAAAUCUGCCUCUGGUUCUGAAGAAGGUGUCCUUCACCAUCAAACCCAAGGAGAAGAUUGGCAUCGUGGGGCGGACUGGAUCAGGGAAGUCCUCUCUGGGGAUGGCCCUCUUCCGUCUGGUGGAGUUAUCUGGAGGCUGCAUCAAGAUCGACGGAGUGAGAAUCAGUGAUAUUGGCCUUGCUGACCUCCGAAGCAAGCUGUCCAUUAUUCCUCAAGAGCCAGUGUUAUUCAGUGGCACCGUGAGGUGAGGAUCCGAGUGCCCGUGUGCUCUGUGCUGCCUUUUGAGGCCAGAUGGGCACGUUAGAGCCUCCAUGUGGGACUGGGAUCGAGUGACCUCAAGCCUAGUGCUUUUCCCACCACUUCUUACUGCAGAAGUAAGGGGCAGCUCCACAAAACAGGGGCUGAGGGCCCUGAAGCAUGUGGUGAAGAAGUCAGAGAGAUCUGGGCUCAGAUCUCUGCCCUCUGACUUCAGGCAAGUUACCUGCCCACGUCUAAGCUCAUUACCUCACCUGUAAGGUGGGGAUAUUAUUAAGGGCUGUCAUUGUGGAGAUUGGUUAAGUUGAUACAAAUUACACACGCACCGAGCCUGGCACAUAGUGAGCAGUGAACAGUAGCAGCCCGUCAGCCUCAUCCCAUCUUCCUUCUUCCUCCCACUCCGUAUUGUCAUCUGUCCUAUGUGUGCUCCAAUUUACCGUUCUCAUGGUGGUUUUCAGACCUUGUUAUCACUCAGGUGUUUUCAUUUUCCAGUAUCUUCGCCCACCUUUGAUUCUGACUCUGGAAUGGUGCCUCUCUCUCUCUGAAAUCUGCCGGGAUGCCUAAGAUA